AUGGCUAGAGAACAACUAGGAGUUCUCAAGGCACUGGACGCUGCGAAGACCCAAUGGUACCAUUUUACGGCAAUUCUGGUUGCUGGAAUGGGUUUCUUUACUGAUGCAUAUGAUCUUUUUUGCAUUUCCCUGGUAACCAAGUUACUUGGCCGCAUAUACUACACAGUUCCAGGUUCAUUAAAGCCUGGAACAUUGCCUCCCAACGUAGCAAAUGCUGUGAAUGGUGUUGCAUUUUGUGGCACCUUAGCUGGACAGCUCUUCUUUGGUUGGCUUGGUGACAAGUUAGGCCGCAAAAGGGUGUAUGGAAUAACCCUUAUUCUCAUGGUUGUGUGUGCCUUAGCCUCAGGGCUGUCCUUUGGUCACUCAGCAAAGGGUGUCAUGGCCACAUUGUGUUUCUUCCGAUUCUGGCUUGGCUUUGGUAUUGGCGGCGAUUAUCCCCUUUCAGCUACAAUCAUGUCUGAAUACGCAAACAAAAAGACUCGUGGGGCAUUCAUUGCUGCAGUUUUUGCUAUGCAAGGAUUUGGAAAUUUGACUGGUGGGAUUGUUGCUUUGAUAGUUUCAAGUGCCUUUGAUCAUGCAUACAGGGGUCCUGCGUAUAAUAUUAAUCCUGCAGCCUCAUUGCCACCGCAAGCUGAUUACGUCUGGCGGAUAAUUUUAAUGUUUGGAGCUAUCCCUGCUGCUCUCACUUACUAUUGGCGUAUGAAAAUGCCAGAGACUGCUCGUUAUACUGCCUUGGUUGCCAAGGAUGCAAAACUGGCCGCACAAGACAUGUCAAAGGUAUUACAAGUGGAUCUGCAAGCCGAAUUUGAACAAGUCAGGACAGAUAUAGAGGGUCCUGCUCAAGAGAAAAGCAAGAAUUCCUUUGGCUUGUUCUCCAAGCAAUUCAUGAAACGCCACGGGCGUCACUUGGUUGGAACCACUGUUUGUUGGUUCUUGUUGGACAUUGCCUUCUAUAGCCAAAAUCUUUUCCAGAAGGAUAUAUUUAGCGCAAUUGGUUGGAUUCCAGCGGCACCAACAAUGAGUGCUCUCAAAGAGGCUUUUACAGUUGCAAGAGCUCAAACACUAAUAGUUUUGUGUGGUCUUAUUCCUGGGUAUUGGUUUACAGUGGCUUUCAUUGAUUAUUUGGGACGGCGCACAAUCCAAAUUGUGGGGUUCUUUUUCAUGACUGUCUUUAUGUUUGCUCUUGCUAUCCCUUACCAUCACUGGACUCUAAGUGAAAACCGAAUAGGGUUUGUUGUCAUGUACUCCCUUACCUUCUUCUUUGCAAAUUUUGGACCCAAUGCAACCACAUUUAUUAUACCAGCAGAAAUAUUUCCUGCAAGGCUUAGGUUCACAUGUCAUGGAAUAUCAGCAGCAGCUGGAAAGGCUGGUGCAAUUGUUGGGGCCUUUGGAUUUUUGUAUGCUGCACAAAGCACCAACCCGGCCAAAACUGAUGCAGGUUACCCAACAGGUAUUGGAAUGAGGAAUUCACUUAUCGCGCUUGGGUGCAUCAACUUCUUUGGAAUGUUGUUUACCUUCUUGGUGCCAGAAUCCAAGGGAAAAUCGUUGGAGGAAUUGACAGGAGAGAUUGAUGAGGAGGAAAAUGGACAGACAGUGGAGCUACAUGUCUCCACUAGUACUAGUAGGACCUUUCCAGUUUGA